AGCGAUCAGUUGACGGUUGAUCUUCGCACGGAACGGUUGGAUUUUCGCAGCGAAAAAAAAUGUUGAUUUAAAAAGUUUAUUACUGAACAGUGAAUAUAGUUCUUUUUUGUUCGAAAAGAUAGUGAAAAUUCAACGUAGAAUCCUGAGCUAGUUUCGUGGCUGGAAAAUGGUUUCACCAGUGUUCAGGUUACUGGCCACUGUCGCGACAGUCACUCUGGUUGCAGUCAAGUCACAAUUCCUAAGCUUCGACCAGCAUGGAUCCGACUGUGCACUGUACGUGGGCGGUGCCGGCAAAUCGUCCGCUUUCGAUUAUAACGUGAAUCUGUUCCGUGGAACGUUAUCACCGCUUCACACGGAAUCCAACACGUGCAUUACGUACGAUGCCAUCAAUCAAGCCUACUUGGAUGCCCGGAAACGCAUCCGAGUUUCACAGCCGAAGGGCGAUUGGAAGACGGAAGACAUUGCCACUGUCGGUGAAUUGAUGCUUGACAUCUCCAUCCAGUUGGCUAGAACAUACGGUCUAUCAUACGAAGAAAUCGAGAAAGGCCUCCCAUCGAUCGACACCUCCAAAACGCUAAUCCGCGAAGUCUGUCCCGCUUUCCUAUCCGGAGUGGAAUGCCGUCCGGGCAAGUACCGCCGGGUCGACGGUCUGUGCAACAAUCUGAAACACCCAACGUGGGGUGCCGCCAUGACACCCUUCCAGCGGUUGAUUGGCCCGCUGUACGCGGAUGGAAUCAACGCUCCUCGAAUUUCCGUAACCGGACACGAUCUGCCACUGUCCCGUGUUGUCUCGCGUACCAUUCACCCCGACGAAGGUUACCACGAUCACGCCGGAACGGUAUUUGUUAUCGCGUGGGGCCAAUUCAUGGAUCACGAUUUCACCCUAACCGGAACCCCGCUGGACCCCAUCAAUCGAAACGAUCCGGAGGAAUGCUGCAAGCGACCACCUCACCUCAAGCAUCCGUACUGUAAUGAAAUCCGCAUUCCGGACGACGACUACUUCUACCGGUUGUUCAACGUGAAAUGUAUCGAUUUUGUGCGUGGAUUCCCCUCGCCCCGUGCCGGAUGUCGUCUCGGAUCACGUACACAGUUCAACACGCUCACCUCCGUCAUCGAUGGGAACACCAUCUACGGAGUUAACGAAAAGUUCACCCGUAAACUUCGUACCGGUUACAACGGUCUGCUCCGGAUGAAUCCGGUCUUCGCCGAAUACGGUCUGAAGGAUCUGUUGCCACUGAAGCUGGACAUUCCGGAUGAAGGUUGCACCCGACCGAACAAGAGUAUGUUCUGUUUCGAAGCCGGUGAAAUCCGUGUCAACGAACAGUUGGUUCUUACCUGUAUGCACACGCUGCUGGCCCGUGAGCACAAUCGCAUCGCAACCGAACUGGGACGCAUUAACCCGCACUGGGACGAUGAAACUUUGUUCCAGGAAUCCCGCCGUAUCAACAUCGCCAUCAUUCAACACAUCACUUACAACGAAUUCCUGCCGAUUCUGCUCGGUAAGGAAGUGAUGGAAAAGUUCGGACUACUUACACCGAAGGAAGGUUACUGGGAUGGUUACGAUGAAACCGUCAAUCCGGCCAUCAUCGAUGCCUUCUCGGCGGCUGCCUUCCGUUUCGGUCACUCGCUACUGCCAACAGCCGUCGAACGGUGGUCUAAGGCACACAAAUUCAUCGCCUCCAAGCGGCUAUCCGAUCUGAUCCGUCGGCCGUACGAUCUGUAUCGGGCGGGAGUCUACGACGAAUAUCUGAUGGGCUUGAUGAAUCAGGUGGCGCAGGCUAUGGACGAUUCGAUCACGCAGGAGGUUACCAAUCAUCUGUUCAAGAAGGAAGGUUCCCGGUUCGGUAUGGAUCUGGUGUCGUUCAAUAUGCAGCGCGGGCGAGAGUUUGGCGUUCCCGGGUAUAUGGAGUUCCGAAAGUUCUGCGGUUUGCCUACGGCAACUACCUUCCAGGAGCUGUUCGGGUCUAUGCCGAAUGAAACUGUGCGUCGAUACGAGAGUAUAUUUGAACACCCAUCCGAUGUAGAUCUGUGGUCCGGAGGGGUGUCGGAGCGUUCGUUACCGGGCUCGAUGUUAGGACCGACCUUCGCCUGUAUCAUCGCUACUCAGUUCAGCUACGUUCGCCGCGGUGAUCGGUUCUGGUACGAGCUGCCGAACCAGCCAUCGUCGUUUACUCCGGAACAACUGCAGGAGGUCCGCAAGGCCAAACUGGCCCGGCUAAUCUGCGACAAUACCGAUCUGAUCGACACCGUUCAGAUCUAUCCGAUGGUUUUGCCAGAUCAUGAAAUUAAUCCUAGAGUGCCAUGCAAAAGCGGAAUUCUUCCUUCAAUCGAUCUGACCAAGUGGGCCGACUAUGGUCAGGAAAGCCAUUCACCUCAUCAAUACCAAUUCCUGAAUGACAUUCCCGGGAACAUUGGUUUCAAAAAGUAACGGGCUGCUGCGAUCACUGAUACCACCGCUAGUAGACCGAAAACAAAGCUAGCCCACGGGUUACUGAAAGAAGAUCAAAAACAAACUGAACAAAACAACCAUUUCAGAGAUUAUAAGUUAGAUAAUUCAAGUUUAUUUUAUAAGUCAAACACUAUCGAGCUUCCAUCCAGUCCGUCCUAUCGAAUCCCACUUUCACUCGGAUUUUUAUUUUCGCAUCCGUUGCUUAUCUUUCGCUAUUAUCAUUGUAUUAUACACAUCUUAUCAUCCUGGCACCAACACAAGCGAAACAAAUGCUGCUCCUAAAGAGUUCGGACAACAACCUAAGCUUCUAUCCAACCCUGUGAAAAAAAAUCUAUUCUAAUGUUCAUAAUUUUAAAUUGUUUAAAAACUAAAAUGCAUUAGUUAAAUUGAACACCUCUUCGCACAAAUCUUUCGUUCCCAUACAAACUAUCAGACUAGCACUACACCGUGUCCUCACAACUCGUAAUGCUUCGCAUAGGCCACAAGGAUGUAUGUAGUGCUACUUGAUUGACGAUACAACCCUGAUUUGUUAUUUUUUCUAGUGCAACAAACAGCAAAAAGCGGAAACAAAAGCAUUUAUAUCGAAUAAUUUGCUCUAUUACACAAAAACCGCAAUCAUUUAAUCAUCUGUCGGAUUUAAUAAACUGGAAAUUGGUUUGAUACAGGCCCCCCGAAGAAUAUUUAUUUUAUCAAGAAUUUGAAAACACAACACAAUAAAAUAUUGUAUUUUGUUUUGUUUCGAAUGAAUCAUAUUUAUGUUACGUUUAGCUAAAUUCUACAUCCGUUGAUUGAGUAAAAAGAACCACAUGCCAUUAACU